AUGGACUUAUCAAGAUCAAGAAUUAUUUACCACUUCAAACCCAGUGAUAGGGAUGAAAAAGCUCAAGAAAUGGUCAUGAGAUUUCGACGUGAAAAGAUGAAAGAAAGCUAUUUUUCCCAAACUCAAUUGCUGGAGAAAUAUCUGCCAGAUCCUGAAGCUUUAAACAAGGUUUUUGAAGAGGAUGAAGAUCGAUAUGACGAGUUUGAUAGCGAAAUGGACCAAAUGCUAGGAGAAAUUGAUGAAAUAAUAAAAACCUGCUUUUUAAUCCCAAUAGAUAAAGCAAAUCUUAGCAGCAUCCCUAAGCUCCCUCUCAAGAAAAUUAUCUCAAAGAAUUUUUCAGAUGGAAAAUUGCAUUUUAAAGGGAAAAAGAAAAGCAAUACCACGAGAAUUUAUUCUUAUAGAAGUAUCACCAUGCUUAAGCUAAGACAAAAUGAAGGCCCAGAUCUUGGUAGAGUUAAUUUGAAUAGGCCAAAAUGGAAUCCCUUUCUAAUUUCCCCAGCUUCAGGAAACCCUCAAGAAAGUGAUGGGCUUAAUCCUCAAGAAAUAUAUACUGAAAGGAUAAAGAGAAAAUCAAAUUUUGAGUCAAAACCAGUAAAAGAAACAUUGUUAAAAUAUCCAAAAGUUUUAUUUAAAGAAGCCUCUCCUAAGAAAAUGACCAAUACAAGGUCAAAAUCGGCUUUUGAUAUUAUAGCAAGCUUUAAUAGGAAUGGAAAAUCUAGAUCAGAACAACUAACUCACUUUAAUCGUCCAAUUUUACAAAUUCCUAUACUCAAUGCAAGCCAGAUGAACAGUAGCUUAUCAACUGAAAGACUUCAUGAACUAAAAAGAGUCUUGAAUAAGCAUUAG